AUGUCUAACACAGACGAAGCCUCCGAACAAUUCACUACUAAAACGAACACCACAGAUAGGGUCACUGGCCGCGUCCAUGAGUCUGCCAGUAACGCACGCGAGAAGAUAGCUGAACAGCUCCAACCUGGAGACAUGAAGGCGACAUCUCGUCGCUUGUCAGAUACACCCGAUAAUAUCUGGCAAUUCGGCCAGGGUGGUGCCAGAGAAGAGCGAGAUUAUGGGCUGGAGAGGGAUAAGUCUUUGCUGCAGUCGGCGCAGGAGAAGGUGGCUGAGGCCAUUGGAGGAGGGAAUCGUGGUUAG